UUUCCCGUCACCGUGAAGCUAGUCGGGACAAGAGAGAGAGAGACGCUCCGGCAGAUAGACGCUCGCGGCGCUGGGCUGACUGUCCGGAUUCCUUUUCGUUAACUUUCUCGGAGCGAUGGUCGGGCCGGGCCGCGGCUGUCAUUCGUGAUUAUCCUCACUGAUGUUGCGCACCGAGAACGCGGGGUCUCCCACCGAAGUGGGGGAGAUCGGAAUGGACCGGGAAGCCGCCAGUCCCAUGGACCUUUCUGAGAUCCUGAAGGAAGGGACAAAGGAGUCUCACGAUCGUGCAGAGAACACUCGAUUUGUGAAAGAGUUCCUGAAGGGCAAGAUUCGGCGAGAACUGUUUGAGUUGGGUACAGUUGCCCUCUACUUCACCUACUCUGCUCUGGAGGAAGAAAUGGAUAAAAAUGCAGAACAUCCUGGCUUUGCUCCCCUUUAUUUCCCGCUUGAACUGCACCGCAAGGAUGCUUUGGCCAAGGACCUAGAAUACUUCUAUGGGAAAGACUGGCAGGACCGGAUCAAGUGUUCUGAGGCCACAGCGAGCUAUGUAGAACGGAUCCAUCAUGUUGGGAAGCAUGAGCCUGAGCUGUUGGUGGCACAUGCCUACACACGCUACAUGGGUGACCUGUCAGGAGGUCAGGUGUUGAAAAAAGUGGCACAGAGAGCACUGCGCUUGCCCAGCACUGGGGAGGGUGUGCAGUUCUACACUUUCGACAACAUUUCCAAUCCUGCUCGAUUCAAGGAGCUGUAUCGAUCCCGUUUGAACACUUUGGAGACCACUAGGGAAAUCAGGGAGAAGAUUGUGGAGGAGGCCAACCGAGCCUUUCACUUCAACAUGGAGGUUUUUGAAGAAUUGGAUAAGUUUGGAAAAACCCUGGGGGAAGUUGUGCAGGAAUCUGGCGUCCCUCUCCAUGAUGGAAAAGGCGAUGUCCGGAAGUGCCCAUUCUAUGCUGCAAAAGGUGAUGGUGAAAUGGGGUGUCCACUGCAGUCUAUUAUAGCUGUGGUGCAGAGCUGUCCUUUCCAGGUGGUAAUUGCUGCUCUACUGGCACUUUCUGCUGGUUGGUAUCUGCUGUGAGGUUUACAGCCAUUAACAUGGACUGUCCAACAAAAAUGAUGUAAACCUCUCCCAUUUGAGACACCCUAUCUUUCUUGAUUGAAAUACGGUUGAGUUCUAGCAGGCCUAGCCAUGAGUCCAGAGACUCAACAUCUAUCCAAUUCCUCUACUUUUGCAGCAUAUGACCUUGGACAUAAGCUCAUUAACUCAGCUCAAUGUUUUGCUGACUGUGUUUAAUUAUUGUUCAGGUAUGAACCACUGUAAAAUGGCACUGUUGGAGCAAAUGUAAAUAUAGGUGGCUGGAAAUGUAGAAUCACACCUCUGAUAACCUUCCUGAAUUGUUCAGUGGUCCUCAUUAUCACUUCUAAUGUGUUUUCAGAGAAAGUAAUAUUUUCUAAUUUACUUUGAAUGAACACAGCUGACUUACAAACCUCAGACAGAUAACGUUCCAAUAUGAACCUCAGAACGGUGACUUCAACAAGAUGGAGAACUGUUGGAAAACUCAGCAGUCACCUUGUUGUGGAUCCAGGCCCUGACUCAUUUCCUAGAUAUUGCCUGGUUGGGAAGCAAUUAUUAAAAUUUCACUUUCUUUAAUCAGUGAGUGGACUUGAAUAAUUUCACUAACUGUGCCAUUGUAUUUAUGCACUUGAUUAUUAAAUGUUAUAAUAAGUCA